UUCCGGCCGGGGCGGUACGGUUGCUGCAGAGGCGCCUUGGACGCCGGGCCGCGUGUGUACUCUCGGGGGCGUGGCGGCGGGAAGAGCCGGGCGGCAGGCGCUGGCGGUCUCCGGGUGGCCGCGCCUCCCCUGGAGCCGGGCUCUGCGGGCACGUGAGUGGGAGCGGAGCGGCGGGGAGAAGCCGACCCGGCCGACGAGGUCCGGCUCGCAGCUGAAGGACCUCCUCAUCUCCACAGGCCCUGGAAGUUCAAGCCUCGGUUGGUGUUUUGUUGUGGAGGCCAUGGAUACCUCGACGCCUUUGCCUCCCGUAGCCCCCUCCCCGGCCUGCAACCCAGCCCCACGGACGAUCCAGAUCGAGUUCCCUCAGCAUAGCUCGUUACUCCUGGAGGCACUGAACCGCCACAGGCUGGAGGGAAAGUUCUGUGACGUGUCCCUCCUGGUGCAGGGCCGCGAACUUAGGGCCCACAAAGCGGUGUUGGCUGCCGCCUCUCCUUACUUCCACGACAAACUUCUUCUGGGGGAUGCACCACGUCUCACCCUGCCCAGCGUCAUCGAAGCCGACGCCUUCGAGGGGCUGCUCCAGCUCAUUUAUUCCGGACACCUCCGUCUGCCACUGGAUGCUCUCCCUGCCCACCUCCUUGUGGCCAGUGGUCUCCAGAUGUGGCAAGUGGUAGAUCAGUGCUCAGAGAUCCUUAGAGAACUAGAAAACUCAGGUGGUGGGAUUUCAACUCGGGGAGCGACCCCUUUCCACACACUUCUUUCCACCACAUCCUCUCCAGGAGGCUGGUGCAUCCGCUCUUCCCCUUUCCAGACUGUGGCGCAGUCUUCUGCUUCUACCCAGAGCCCCGUUGGAGGGGAGGGGAGUGAACUGGGAGAUAUGUUACAGCUUCAAGUUGAAGAAGAGGAGGAGGAGGAGGAGGAGGAAGAAGAAGAUGAGGAGGACCAGGGGUCAACAGCACCCCCUCAGACGCCUCAGCCUCAGAGAGGGUCAGGGGGUUUUCCCCGCCCUCCUGCAUCCCACACCCUGCCCACAUCCACUACUCCUUGCAGGCUUCCAGAGGGCGAGAGUGCUCCACCUGAGCCUCCUGCCCCUCAUACUGCACUGCCUCCCAAAAUCUUCUACAUUAAGCAGGAACCCUUUGAGCCCAAGGAGGAGAUACCAGGAGGCGGAACUCAGUCUGGAGGAACAAAGGAGGAGACCAAAGUGUUUCUAGGAGGGGACACUGAAGAGAAUGGAGAGCUAGGGUUCUUGCUGCCCUCAGGAGCAGGGCCAACAUCUGGAGGAGGUGGCCCAUCCUGGAAACCAGUGGAUCUUCAUGGGAAUGAAAUCCUGUCAGGGGGUGGGGGACCUGGGGGAGCAGGGCAAGCUGUGCAUGGGCCUGUGAAGCUAGGCGGGGCACCCCCUGCAGAUGGAAAACGCUUUGGUUGUUUGUGUGGGAAGCGGUUUGCAGUGAAGCCAAAGCGUGACCGGCACAUCAUGCUGACUUUCAGCCUUCGGCCCUUUGGCUGUGGCAUCUGCAACAAGCGCUUCAAGCUGAAGCACCAUCUAACAGAGCAUAUGAAGACCCACGCUGGAGCCCUGCAUGCCUGUCCUCACUGUGGCCGCCGGUUCCGAGUCCAUGCCUGUUUCCUUCGCCACCGGGACCUGUGCAAGGGCCAGGGCUGGGCCACUGCUCACUGGACUUACAAGUGACUACUGAGGCCAUACACUAACUUCCAGGACAAGGGAGCCACUGCUGCUGUUGGAUACUUACCCCUCACUACCAUGGCACCCGAAUCCUGUAUCUUGUUAAUUAUGCCAGGAGGAUAGCUAUAUUAAUGGACCUCUUGUUUUUGGGUGUGGGCUUCAACCUGACCGAUUUGGAAACUCUGAUUUCUCAUCUCACUCCAGGUUUUGGCUAACUACCCUACAGGAAAGUGGUUUACAGGCCAUAUAUAAAUCGAUCAGUUGCCCAUAAUAGAUAUUCUUUUCAUACAGGAAACUGGAAUUCAGAUUAGAAGUUUAUUUGAUGAGAGAGGAGUUAGCAAGAAAAAUUAUGAUAAAUAUUUCAUUCAGUCUCUGUGAGUAGUUAAGGGAGCUGGUCUCCAUCUAGAGAUAUGUUUGAUUCAGAGUUCUAGUAAUCUGGAGACUAAGCUCUAAGCUUUACUCUCCCUCAUCAUUGCUGAAAUUAUGUGAGUAGAGGUCUUCUUAUAUACUUUUGUUAAAAUUUUCCAGAAUCCCUUCAGAUUAUAAAUUGCUUUCUCACUAGUAGGUAAUUUUGCAACACCUUUUUUUUUGUAUGUUGUAGUUGAGCACUUUAACAGAUUGAGCAUUCCAUGUGUCACUUAGACCCCUCUUUAAUAGAGGAUCUUAGUUCCCGGACCAGGGGUCUAACCUACGCCCCCUGCAGUGGAAGCGCGGAGUCUUAACCACUGGACUGCCCGGGAAGUCUCUAUUGUCUACCUUUGACCACCACUGAUCAUCCAUAUUGAUCACACUGACUGGAAUGUGACCAGUGAACUCAGGAGAUGGCCACUGACCUAAAAUACGCUCAGGGUAGCACCACCGCUCUGAAGAAGUGGCUAUGGUCAGAGGGACUCAGGGCUGAGACGGCACAUGCUGAAAACUAGAGAAAUAACUGCACAGUGGGACCUCACCCCCUCCCUUUCCAUCCCUACCCACACUUGACAGCCCCUUGGUCGACACAUAGAAGGAUAGAUGUUGGAGUGGGGAGAUUGUCAUAAGUUUCUUAAUUUCUUCAAAUAAACUUUGCCGUGAAAGCUAAGCUGACAGUGGACUGAAUUGAGUCAUUUAUAUGGGAGAGACGAUGUGAGAACAGAGUUGCAAAGACUUGGACAUAUUCCUUAUGCGGCUGGGUUAUGUUGAUGGGGGAAGAAUCAGAUAGUCUCACACUGCUGCAGAGAACACUGUCCUGGAUGUCAGUGGGCCAGAUUCUCAGCCCUGACCUGCCCCUGAAUAACUUCUGUUCUGGAGGCUGGGAAGUCCAAGAUCAAGCACCAGAAGAUUCAGUGUCAUGAAGACCUGCUGCCUGGCUCAUAGACAGUCAUCUUGCUGUAUCUUCACAUAGUGCAAAGAGAAAGGGAGCUCUCUGGAGUCUCUUUAUAAGGGCACUAAUCCCAUUCAUGAGGUCUUCACCUUCCUGACCUAAUCACCCCAAAGCCCCACCUCCCAGUAACAUCACAUCGGGGAUUAGGAUUUUAACAUAAUUUUGAGGGACAUAAGCAUUCAGUUCAUUGCAGAUGUGAUUGAAGAGGUGGGCUGGGCUAUAUAGAGCCUUGCACAUCGUGAUGAGGAAUGCGGAUUUUAUUCUAACUGCAAUGAGAAGGCGAUAAAGAG